AUGGCCAUCACCAAGUACCUCGUCUCGGCCCUGGCCGUUGCCGGUCUGGCUUUUGCCAAAGACUGCUCGGGAGACCUCACCAUUGAGAACCAGCAGGAUGUCUCUACACUGAGCAGCUGCGAUAAGUGGGAAGGAGACAUCACCAUCAGCGAGGUUGUCAAGUCUUCCAUCGUGCUCAAUGGUGUCAAGCAGAUUACCGGCUCUCUCAUGGCCAAGAACUCUAGCAUCACUGAGCUUUCUGCUCCCACCCUGAACAGCGUUGGUGACUCCCUCAGCCUCAGCACCUGCACGGCCCUGAGAUCCCUUGAUAUGGGUUCUUUGACCAAGGUCAAGACCCUCAAGUUGGAAGCUCUGCCAAAGCUCCAGGCCCUCGGAUUCACCCGUACUGUUUCCCAGGCUACCUCUAUCCUCAUCACCAACACCGAUCUCACCUCCCUCCAAGGUCUCGACCUUGAGACUGUCACCGACUUUAUGGUCACCAACAAUCCUCACUUGAUGGAAAUCAACGUCAACAAAAUGACCAACAUUACUGGCUACCUGAACUUCGCUGCCAACCACAAGCAUCUUUCCGUCAAAUUCCCCAACCUCGCGGGUGCUCACAACAUGACAUUCCGCAACGUCAGUGAUGCCUCGUUGCCCUCCCUUCACAAGAUGGAUGGUCUCCUCGGCUUCUACUCCAACUUCUUCAUGAACAUCAGUGCUCCCAACCUCACUCUCACCGGUGACCUUGUCUUCACUAGUAACUCCGCGGUCAUGAACAUCUCCAUGCCAAAACUCGAGACCGUCAAGGGUGGCUUGCAGCUCGCCAACAACUCUGCCCUCGAGGACAUUGAAGGUUUUCCCUCCCUCAAGCUCAUCACUGGUGCCCUCGACAUUACCGGAAAGUUCAAGACGGUCAAAUUGCCUGCUCUCAAGGAAGUCCGUGGCGAUGCCAACCUCCAGAGUACCGAGUCUUUCGGCUGCGAGCCAUGGCAGAAACUCAAGGACUCCGAUGUCAUCCGCGGCAAGCUCACCUGUCGCGAGAGACAAGAGAAGCCCAAGACCGGUGACGACCACACUGGUGGUGACGAUGAGGGCCACAAGGGUGCUGCUGUUGCUUUCGCCAAGGCUCCUGCUGCCGCUCUCCUCAUCGCUUUCGUCGGUGCUCUCCAAUUCUUCUUGUAA